AGGAAAGUAUGACUACGACCUGGUGGUUGUUGGCGGAGGUUCAGGAGGCCUCGCCUGCUCCAAAGAAGCUGCUCAGCUGGGACAGAAGGUCGCCGUACUGGAUUAUGUGGAACCUUCUGCUAAAGGCACCAAGUGGGGUCUUGGAGGAACGUGUGUCAACGUGGGCUGCAUCCCUAAGAAGCUGAUGCACCAGGCUGCUCUCCUCGGGUCAGCAGUGAAGGAAGCUCAGAAAUACGGCUGGCAGAUGUCGGGGACCAUCUCUCAUGAUUGGGCCGCCAUGGCAGGAGCCAUUCAGAACCACGUCAGGUCUCUGAACUGGGGGCACAGAGUCCAGUUACAGGACAAGAAGGUGAAAUAUCUGAACCUGAAAGGAAGUCUGGUGGACGAACACACAGUUAGAGGCCGUUCUAAAGCAGGAAAAGAGACACUCAUGACGGCGAAGAACAUCGUGAUCGCCACAGGUGGACGGCCCAAGUUCCCCACAAACGUCCCUGGAGCGAUGGAGCACGGUAUUACCAGCGAUGACAUAUUCUGGCUGAAGAAGUCUCCGGGAAAAACACUCGUGGUCGGAGCCAGUUAUGUGGCUCUGGAGUGUGCAGGUUUCCUCACAGGCAUCGGCUUGGACACCACGGUGAUGGUUCGCAGCAUCGCGCUCCGCGGUUUUGAUCAGCAAAUGGCCGGUCUGGUGACGGACUACAUGGAGGGAUACUCCACCAAGUUUCUGUGGAAAUCUGUCCCUAAGAGAGUGGAGCGUCUCUCGUCAGGAGCCGUCCAGGUGACGUGGACCGACGCCCAGACGGGCGGCGAGCACAGAGACGCCUACGACUCGGUGCUGUGGGCCGUGGGUAGAGCUCCUGAAACCAGAGCCCUCGGCCUGGACCGGCUCGGCGUGCACGUCCACCCGGAGACGGGGAAGAUAAUCGUGGGCGCUGAUGAAUCCACGUCGGUGCCAAACAUCUUUGCUUUCGGUGACAUCGGCGAGGGCCGUCCCGAGCUGACCCCGACGGCCGUUAAAGCAGGAAAGCUGCUCGCUCUCAGACUGGCCGGCCGGAGCGCCGAGCUCAUGAACUACGACAACGUGCCCACGACGGUGUUCACCCCUCUGGAGUACGGAUGUGUCGGUCUGUCCGAGGAGGAGGCGGAGAAACGGCACGGGAAAGACGGGAUUGAGGUGUUUCAGGCCUUCUAUAAACCUCUAGAGUUCACCGUGGCGGAGCGAGACGCCAGCCAGUGUUACAUAAAGGUGAUUUGUGAGCGUGGUGGCGACCAGAAGAUCCUGGGCCUGCACUUCACCGGUCCCAACGCCGGCGAGGUCACGCAGGGAUUCUCUCUGGGACUGCAGUGCGGGGCGACAUAUUCUCACCUCCUGCAGACGGUAGGAAUCCACCCGACCAGCGCUGAGGAGCUGGUGAAGAUCCACAUCACCAAGCGCUCUGGUCUGGACGCCACCGUCACCGGCUGCUGAGGUUAAAGCGCCUCGGCCCUUGAGCACGCUGGGAAUCUCACAGGGAAUCUCCCAGAGUCUCACAGGCCGAGGUGCUGACUGAAGGACCCUGACCUCCGCUCAGCAGGAACAGCUUGACUCCAUCACUCGCAGCUCCGCGGGCUCACGUGCUCCUUGUGCUCCGGCCUGCAGGGGAAGAGGAGAG